AUGUCUGAACGUAAAGUUUUAAACAAGUACUAUCCCCCAGAUUUCGAUCCGUCGAAGCUCACAAAGAUCAAGAGAGCUAAAGACAAGCAAGACAAUGUGCGUAUGAUGUUGCCUAUGUCAGUGAGAUGCAACACCUGUGGAAAUUUCCUCUACAUCGGCACUAAAUUCAAUAUGCGUAAGGAGACUUGCAACGACGAUGACUACUUAGGCAUUAAGAUCUACAGAUUCUACUUCAAAUGCUCCAGAUGCUAUGCAGAGGUUACCAUGAAGACUGAUCCCAAGAAUCAUGACUAUGUCUGUGAACAUGGUGCCACUAGAAACUAUGAGCCUUGGAGAGAUAUUUAGCAUGCUGAGAAUGUGCUGAAGGCCAAGAGACAGCUUGAGGAUGACGAUGCUAUGAAAAAUCUAGAGAAUAGGACAUAUGACUCAAAGAGGGAAAUGGACAUCCUUGAUGCUCUGGAAGAAGUUAAGCAGAUGAACAAAAGAUUAGCGAAGGUUAAUCAUGAUGAGCUUUUGCUUAAGACCCUUGCAAAAUAUGAAGAUAAAGAAGAGAAGGAGAGGGACUAAGCUAUCAAAGAAAGUUAUGACAGGUAAAUGGAACAAUUAAAGUAUAGGAGAAUCUAAGAUGACAACGGAGAGUAUGAAGAUGGUGAUAACUUUGAUAAGCAUCUGAUGAAUCGAAAACCCAAAAAAGGUUUUCUGAAUAUUGACAAUCCUUAUUAGCUUUUGGAAAAACUAUAAGAAAGUGAGACCUAAGAAGACUCUGAUGAAGCGAGUGAUUCAGAUAACGAGAGUGAAGAUGAAUUAUUAAGCAAAUAAAAUGAGACUUAAAAUGGAUUAAAUUCAAAUGGAUUUUCCCUAUUGGGAAGUAAAUUAAAUCCCUUAAAGAGAAAAUAGCCAGAAGAAGAAUUUAAAAUGCCUUUUAAUAAAAUGCCAUUUGUGAUGAAGAAAGUAAAAUAAGAUGAAUAAGAUUUAAAGACAAUUUAAGAUAAUAAGAGUGCUAGCUCUGAUUUGCUAAGUAAAUUAGCUUAAUACUCUUCCUCUGAUAGUGAUGAUGAUGAUAAAUAAUGA